AUGGAUCUUGGGCAAGCCAACUCCAAGCAGAACCACAGUACUGUACAAGAGUUCAUCUUGCUGGGAUACCAAGAAUACCCUGCCCUCCUCUUCACUGUCUUCCUGGCCACGUACACAGCCAUCCUCCUGGGGAAUGGUCUGAUUGUGGUGGUGACAACAUUGGACCCUGCCUUACACACUCCCAUGUACUUCUUCCUGCGUAGCCUGUCAGGACUAGAGAUGUGUUAUACCUCAGUCACCCUCCCUAAGAUGAUGGCUAAUCUGGUGUCCGGGGAUCAUUCCAUUUCCCUGCCAGCCUGUGCUUCCCAGUUGUUUUUUCUGAUUUUCCUGGGUGGAACUGAGUGCUUUCUGUUGGCAGCCAUGGCCUAUGACCGCUAUCUUGCUAUUUGUCUGCCUCUCCACUAUAUGACAAUCAUGAACCAUAGAGUGCGUAUGGGGAUGGUGGUAGGUUCAUUUGUCAUCAGCCUCCCCAUGCAGUUGGUACAAAUUGGAAUUAUCUUCUCCUUGCCCUUUUGUGGAUCCAAUGAGAUUGACCAUUUCUUCUGUGACAUCCCACCACUACUCAGCCUGGCAUGUGCUGACCUGCAUUCCAAUGAGUUGGCUGUGUACAUUGAGAGUACCACCUUUGUUAUAAUUCCUUUUCUCCUCAUUUUGGCCUCUUAUGUACAAAUCGCCAAGGCCAUACUGCGAAUGCCAUCAGCCACAGGGCGCCAGAGGACCUUUUCCACAUGCUCAUCCCACCUGACUGUAGUCAUUCUCUUUUAUGGCUCUGCAGCGAUUGUGUACCUGCGCCCCAAGACCCCAGAAUCAGUGAAGGUUAACAAGUUGCUCUCCCUGCUAUAUACAGUUAUCAUUCCCCUUUGCAACCCUCUUAUUUACACCCUGAGAAACCGGGAAGUAAAGACAGCUUUUAAAAGACUAUUAGGAAGGAAAAGAACUUUAGAAGUGGGUACAAGGAUAAUGAGCUGA